UUUCUAUUUUUUUUUCCUUUUUCGUUUUUAAUUAUGGAAGGAUCUUUUAUUCCUAAAAAAGAUUUGUUAAUGACCGCCUUAGAGGAUUCUGGUUUAUUAUUCGAGGAGGACAUAUUUUUAGAAAAAGAAGUUGGAAAUAAUGAAAAAAUAAAUCAAUUACAAACUGAGAUUCCUAUCCAGAACAAAAGUACACAUCAAACAAUAACAAGAUUAUAUUCUCCAACAGUUAUGAUUAAUAAAAUUAAUCAUAAUAAUAAGGUAGCUGAUAUUAUAAAACUACCACAAACUUUAAAAUUUUUGCAAACUAAUUCAAAAAUCAACCCAAUUCUUUCACCUCAUUUGCAACCUAAACUGAACAUCAUUAGAGUAGAUACAAAUAUUAAAGAAAACAUUAAUGUAAAUAAUGUAAUACCUGAUACUUCAAAUUGCAUUAAGCAUGCUCAAAUCAAUCAAACAAUUCCAAACUCUGCUAAAUUGAAUUAUUUUGAUGUUAAUAAAAUACCAAAUGUAAUCACAUGCAAGAAUCUCACAACAUCAAAUAUACAACAUAAAAAUUUAAAUAUUUUUGAUUCAAAUUCUGACUGUUAUAUAAUUGAAAAUGAUACCACACACUAUAGUCAACCAAAUAUAUGUUCCCAAUAUUUGUCAUCAAUUAAUAGUUAUUCCAAUGAUAAAAACCCGAUAAAUGUGAGCAAUCAUUUAAACAACACAGAAACCAAAGUUCACACCAGUCCUUAUUUGAAUAUUAAAAACAAUUUAAACCUAAAUAAAUCAUUACACAUAUUCCAAAAUACAAAUUUAAUUGAUAAUAAAAUUACAAUUGAACAAAGCAAUCAAAUUACAAAAAAUAAACUAUUUGAUUUACCCUAUAAUUUGCAAUCAUCUACAAAUUUCAAUCAAUCCCCUACCUUAACUAGUUUAUACAAAAAUGAAGAAAAUAUAGAAUCAAAUGCCUUAAGCUCUAACAUCUCUGAUAACAUGAUGAGCAACAUUCGUAAUAGCUUCAUAAACCAUACUAGGUUUAUACAUAGACAGAAUUUUAUAAAUCAGAAUAAUUCCAUGAUGUAUGCAAACAACAAUAGUAAUAUGAAUAUGGGGUUAUCUAACCCAUCUAAUCAAAUAGAUAAAGAUGCCACUGAAGAAGAAGUAGCAGAAUUGGAAGAUCAAUUAAGACAUAUUGAAACUUAUGCUGAAUACAUUCCCAAAAAAUUGAGGUACGGUUGCCAACAUCCCGACUCAGUAGUCGAAACGAAUUCUCUAUCGAGCGUCGAACCUCCCGGGGUAUGGUAUACCCUUAGUUUGCCGGAAACUAUCAUAGACACUUGCGCUCUGUCAGCGCUGCAGUUGGAAUCUAUCAUAUAUGCUUGUCAGCAACACGAAACUUUGCUGCCUGAUGGCUCAAGGGCUGGAUUCUUGAUAGGUGAUGGUCCAGGUGUGGGCAAAGGUCGGACAAUAGCGGGAAUAAUAUACGAAAAUUAUCUUCUUAGAAGGAAAAGGGCUAUUUGGUUCAGCGUGUCUAACGAUUUGAAAUACGACGCCGAGAGAGAUUUGAAGGAUAUAGAUGCCGGGAAAAUAAAUGUAUCAUCUUUGAAUAAAUUCAAAUACAAAAAAUUGACGUCCAAGAGUAACGGUUCUUAUAAGAAGGGCGUAAUUUUUGCUACCUAUUCCUCGUUGAUAGGCGAGAGCCAAACCAAAAGCAAAUAUAAUACCCGGAUGAAACAGUUGCUACAUUGGUGCGGCAAAGAUUUUGACGGAGUGAUAGUGUUUGACGAAUGUCACAAAGCCAAAAACCUUACCCCCUCGGGGUCUUCCAAACCGACUAAAACGGGGCUAGCCGUUCUUGAGCUUCAAAACAGACUGCCGUUGGCUAGGGUGGUGUACGCCUCUGCUACUGGGGCUACUGAAACCAAAAAUAUGGGUUACAUGGUUCGUCUGGGCAUCUGGGGCCGAGGGACUCCAUUUCCUCUCUUCAGCGAUUUCAUACUGGCCGUAGAGAGAAGGGGUGUCGGAGCCAUGGAACUUGUAGCUAUGGAUAUGAAACUACGAGGAACUUAUAUGGCCCGUCAGCUGAGUUUUGCUGGCGUAACCUUCACGGUUAAAGAAGCCAAGCUUGAUCAGAAUAUUAUAGAUAUCUACGAUGCAUCCGUUUUACUAUGGGCUAAAACUCGCGAAAAAUUUCAACUAGCCAUGGAUCUAAUGGACAACGGUGAAAACAUUAGCAAAAAACAAUUUUGGAGUCAAUUUUGGGCCGCUCAUCAAAGGUUUUUUAAGUAUUUGUGCCUGGCUGCCAAAGUUAAUCUCUGCGUAGAAUUGACUAAAAAGGCUUUGAAGGACGGAAAGUGUGUGGUGAUAGGUUUACAAACCACGGGAGAAGCUCGAACGCUUGAACAAAUCGAAGAUUGUGGUGGCGAAAUAAAUGAUUUCAUAUCGACAGCAAAGGGCGUUUUACAGUCCUUGGUAGAAAAACAUUUUCCCUCCUCCACAAAUUACGUUGCCCCAUCGUGCUCAUCGAACCCCUUUAGCAGCAUGAAUAGUUUUUCCAAAUAUCCCACCAAUUCGCUCAUUAAUCAAAAUUCUAUGUUUACGUCCGCAAGUUCUGCCUACCUCUCUAAUACCACACUGCUCAAUCCCGACAGAAUCAAACUCAGCAAAUGGACUACCUUGAGAAAUACGCGUCGCGCUGAAAGUCUCAAAGAUUCCACGAUGACGGCCACCUUGAGUUCCUUGAAAGCGAAAGAAAAUCUUUUGAAACAAAAGGUAGCCGACGUUCUAAACCUGGCUAACUCGAAACAACUCGAAUCGAAUCUCCUCAUUUCGCAAACUCAAAGCGGGUUUCCUCAAUCAACCGAAAAUAGUAACGAGCUCAAACCUGAUUCAAUUUCCUCGUCUGACACUUUAUCUCAAGUCAAACUGCUCGACGUAAAUCUCAUUUCGAACCAAAAAGAUGGCAAACCCAUUUUAGAACCUCCAAAUGCUAGUCUUGACUCUUCUUCUAGCUCAGCAAAUAGUUCCCCCGAAUAUUUAGAAAACGAUAAGGAACAAAAUGACAUGGAAGAUCGCUUAAUCGACGAAAAUAAUUAUGGGGAUAGUUUUUCCGAUCCCGAUUCCAAUCGGUUUGAUCGAACGCUCGAAGAUGGCGAUGACGAUUACGACAAAUAUGAAGAUGUAGGUAGUAAUCCGUUUGGCACAAACGGUAAUGGCUUUAACAUGUACGGGAGCGGCGACGAAUUCGACGAAGAAAUAGAACCUUGGCUCAUAACCAAGCGCAAAAAGCAAUACAAAAACAGGGACAAAAAGAGGAAAAAAAUUGAAAUGACUGAUAAUGAACCGCCAACCGUCGAAAUAUCUUCACAAAACAUUGAAUUAAAUAGAGAAACAAUUGAAAUAAAACAGCAACAAGACGAUUCCACAGAAACUAUACAAGCAAACAGCCUCGAAGAUGUCAAAGAUAUCGAAGACAUUAGGGAUCUUCUGAGCAGUACGGGGACAGAUAUGUUACAAUACCAUUACAAUGGCUUCGUUCUUCCAUCCUCCCAAUGCAUAUCCAACACAAGGGACAACAUAACUCUCAUGAGGCAGGAGCUACUCGCUGAAAUAGAAGAACUCGGAGAGCGGCUACCCCCUAACACUUUGGAUCAACUUAUCGAAGAAUUGGGCGGGCCCGAACAAGUUGCCGAGAUGACCGGAAGGAAAGGAAGGGUAGUGGCUCAGAAAGACGGGACUGUAAUAUACGAAUCGCGAGGCGAAAUCGACGUUCCCUUAGAAGCCCUGAACGUCAAAGAAAAGCAAAGGUUCAUGGAUGGCCUUAAGAAAAUAGCUAUAAUAUCCGAGGCCGCUAGCUCUGGUAUCUCCCUGCAAUCCGAUCGAAGAGUUCUCAAUCAGUUGCGUAGGGUUCACAUUACAUUAGAAUUGCCUUGGAGCGCUGAUAAAGCCAUACAGCAAUUCGGUAGGACCCAUAGGUCUAAUCAAGUAAGCGCCCCCGAAUACAUUUUUUUGCUCUCAAAGUUAGCCGGGGAAAAACGGUUCGCUUCUAUAGUAGCUAAAAGAUUGGAAUCUUUAGGCGCUUUAACCCACGGUGAUAGAAGGGCGACAGAAUCUCGUGAUCUCAGUCAAUUCAAUUUCGACAAUAAAUACGGUAGAAUGGCUCUGGAUAGCGUAAUGAGAAGCAUAUUAUCACCCACUUGUGCCGUGGUUGAUCCUCCCGAAUACAACGGAAAUUUUUUCAAAGACGCAUUAGAAGGACUCAUUGCUGUUGGACUUGUAGUCAAAGAGAGAGAAGGCUGUUAUUCAUUGGAUAAAGAUUACGCAAACAUAGUAAAAUUCCUGAACAGAAUACUUGGCUUGAAAGUCAUUCUACAAAACACUAUAUUUCAGUAUUUUACUGAUAGUUUAAACGCUUAUAUACUGGACGCUAAGAGAACUGGGAAAUGGGAUAUGGGAAUAUUAGAUUUUGGUACAAGUGGCGAAUCGAUAACCCCUUUACGAAAACAAACCUUUCAUUUCCACUCACCUCGUGGCGUAGUCUCGUGCCAGCUCUGGUCAUUUCAAAUAGAAAGAGGAUUGCAGUGGGAAAUCGCUGUCAAGUUAUACAGGGACCAACAGGACCUGGACGACGGCUUUUUCGUUUCUAAACAAGCCAAAAAUGGGAUCUAUGCCCCUAUCUUAGCCUUAUCAUACGUAUCUCGCAAAGCUUUAAAUUCUACCGCUUCGACAAACGUCGAAAAAUUGGCCGAAAAUAAACUUUUUAACAUUUACCGACCUAAUACAGGUUUGCAAGGCAAAUUGGAAACUCUCGCUUCUCUAACAAAAAAAUACCGAAAGGUUCCGCCGCAAGAAGCUCAAGAGCAUUGGGAAAAUAUAUAUAACUCUUCUCUGACCCAAUGUACCCAUGUACUAUGGAAAGGUAGCUGCAAGAAAAAGAACACAACCCAGGGUUGCGAAAUAGGCAUAAGAACCAGGAAAUACCACCUGUUAGCAGGAUCGGUUCUCACUGUGUGGAAUUGUUUGGAAGAAUUACUUUCAUUUCAUUCUGGAUCCACUAAUAGUUUUAAUUCUAAUAACGCAAAUUCUUCCUCCGCGGCUUCCAAAAUGCAGAUUAUCAGGCUUAAAACCAAAAAUGACCAAAGGAUCGUGGGUAUUUGGAUAAGGUCCAACUACAUCCCUGCUCUAGUCAAAAUAUUAACUAGGGAAAGUGACAAAACAGAUAUCGAAGAUUUCAUACAAGAUAUAAUAUAAAAAGUGUAUGUUAAUCUCUUAUCCGACCAAAUUGCAUGCAAUGCGUCAGUAGUUAAAAAAUUAUCUAAAAGAAAAAAAAGGAAUAGGAUUAUUAUAACUAGCUAAAUUCAUCAACUCCCCAAUAAUCGUAUAUUCUCAAAAUCUUCCGCAAGAUUUGACAUAGAUGGAAUCAAUCGGAUAAAUUUUAAUAUCGCGCUUCCUUCCUUUAGUUGCAAUCCAUAAAAAAAUAUACUUAAUAUAUAGAUAUUAAAAAAAAGUCAUAUUCGCUGCAUUUCGUUUAUUAUAUUACCGUAUUCUAUGAAUAUUUGGUAUUUUGUCACACACAUCAAAAUGUUUAUAAUAAA